UUUCGGUCUACUAACAUCGAGCUUGUACCGAGACUAUGGAGGAGAUGGAUGCGAGUUCGGGCCCCCAGAUUUCUGGGUUAAAGCCCCUUACGAAGCCGAAAAAGCCACGAACGAAAUCAGAUCAUCCCAGCUAUGCAACGAUGAUUAGAGAAGCCGUUAGCUUCAUGAAAGAACGACGUGGUUCAUCUCGACAGGCGAUCGAAAAGUACAUUUCUUCGAAAUGGGAACUUGGACGAGGAAGCCACACCAGACUCAACACAACUCUAAAUAAGAUGCUGGCGGAUGAUUCGUUGAAAAAGACGAAGGGAAUCGGUGCUAACGGAUCGUUCAAAAUCAAGAAGGCACAAGAGGAGGGCGGCGGAGGUGGAGGAGGCGCGACGGCAGCUCCUGCUUCAGCAUCUUCGAAACCAAAACCUAAAAAGAAGAAGAAGCCAAAGAAAAAGAAAGGGGCCAAGAAAAAGAAGUCUCCUAGGAAAAAGAAGAAGGCGACUAAAAAGAAGAAAAAGUCUCCCAGGAAAAAGAAGAAGGCGACUAAAAAGAAGAAGAAGUCUCCUAAGAAGAAAAAGACGACUAAAAAGAAGAAGUCUCCUAGGAAGAAAAAGAAGGCGACUAAAAAGAAGAAGUCACCCAAGAAGAAGAAAAAGUGA